UUCAAACUGUUGUGUUUUUAGGUCUUCCUUCAAGAAGUUCUCCUAAUUUGUUUGUAAUCAAAUCACAAACUAUGUCAAUUUUGGGCCUUUGUCCUGUUGCAGCUUUAAUUGCUUGCAAUCUUAUGUCAUCGCUCUGUACAACAAGUAGUAAAAAUACAACUGAGCGUUUUUCAAUAUUUUCCCCCGAGCAGAACUGCGUUUGUCCUUCCAUCGUUAAAAAUGAACAAAAAGAGUUAAACAUCACACCGGUUCAUAAAUUGGACAUUCCCGUGGAAACGGCUACCUUCGGAAUGGGUUGCUUUUGGGGAGCCGAAUCACUUUAUGGCGGAACCAAGGGUAUUGUUCGAACAACUGUCGGUUAUUCCGGUGGUACCCUAAAUGCACCAAAGUAUAGAAGCUUAGGUGAUCAUACUGAGGUCUUGCAAAUCGAUUUCGAUCCAAAGGUUAUCACAUUCAAACAGCUGUUGCAUCUAUUUUGGAACAACCACGAAUAUGGACUAUGCACGCCAAUCAAGAGGCAAUACAUGUCGUUGAUUUUGUACCACAACGAGGAACAAAAAGAAAUUGCUGAAGCAUCGAAAAUCGCCGAGCAGAAGAUUCGAUCGCAUGAGAAAAUCUACACAGAGAUUUCUCCUGCCAAUGAAUUCUGGCCAGCUGAAGAUUAUCACCAAAAAUAUCGCCUUCAAGGACACAAGGAUCUCUGCCAAUCUCUGGGUCUUACUACAUCUGAGUUACUACAAACUUCAUUUGUCGGAACGAAACUAAAUGGUUUCAUUGCCGGAGCUGGGGGAGUAAAAGGAUUCCUAGAGGAAGCCGACAAAUUGGGUCUGACACCCUCGCAAAUAGAAUAUAUCCGUCAUUAUGUCGAAGAGAAUGAAGGACGAGGAUUGUACUGCUGACGCAAUGGCAAUCAAAGAGUGUGUGAUAAUGUUAGAUAUAAAAAGUAUACAAGUGAAUAGAAUUUAAGAAAUGUUAGAAUUGAUAUGGUAGCUUUUUCAAUAUAAAUUUACAUUUGAUUGGAAUUUGUAUAAUAAAAAGUUAUUUUUAUGACAGAAGAAAAUGAAGGAAAAUGUAUAUGAAUAAGCUAUGAACCUAUUUUUUUAGUUUUUAAGUUUGAAAUAGAAAAAUAUAGAAAGUAUUUUAUGAAUUAAA